CAAAGAUGGCGUCUGAUAAUCGCAACUCGUUAGUUUAUGUGAUACCACUGUAAUGUCCGUGUUUACAUGAUUUUAGAGCGCCUUUUAUCGAAGCAUCAUCUAGGAAUAGUAGCAGCAGGACAUAAAGAUAAUAUCAAACAAUAAUGAACCCUGUUUCGCAUGAGAAAAGUCGUCCUACUGUUAAGAUGGAAAACAUUGACUUUCUACCAAAGCCAAGUGCAGAGGAAGCUUCAAAGGAACCUUUAUCGGCAGGAAAUGUUAGAAAUAUACAAGGAUUUACAAAUAAGUCAGCAAUUGCACUAAGUCAUCUUAAAGGUGUUCAUUUUGGCAAAUCAUCAGGACGUUCAACUCCAAGGAGAAGUUCUUCAAGAUCAAUAAAACGGAAGAAGUUUGAUGAUGAAUUAGUAGAAAGCAGUUUAAAGAAUCCAGGAAAACCUUUGGGCAUGCCAGAGGUUCUAGAACCAAAGGAAAAGAUGAAAAAGUUUGUUGGCAAAUCUCCAAGUGUCCCCACUUCAUCUUUAAGCAAGAAACAAAAGAAAACUAAGUGUGGUAAUACAACUCCGUUGAAAGAUGUUGGCAGAUGGAGACCAGCAGAUGAUCUUACACUUAUAACAGCUGUCCUUCAGACAAAUGAUCUCAAUUCAGUCCACAUUGGUUGCAAGUUUUCGUGCAGAUUUUCACUGAAUGAGGUACAGGACAGAUGGUAUGCACUGCUAUAUGAUCCAGUAGUAUCAAGGUUAGCAUCUUUUGGAAUGAAACAGUUGCCAGCGGAUAUUGUUCUCCAGAUUCAAAGUAAUACAUUAUGGAGCAAGGAGGAGGAAUCACUUUUGGCUAAUACCUCUGCAACUACAACUGCAGCUGUGGAGUAUUUUCAACAUUUAUUGGAUGAAAAUCCAGGCACAUUUCAUUCUUACAGAACAGCAAAGUCUAUAAUGCAGCACUGGCUUCAAAUGAAACACUACCAACUACUUGAUGAUCAGACAGUCCUGGCAUUGGGCAGUGCAACUUCUACAUUCUCUGACUUUGAGGAGCAAGUAAAAGACUCUGAGUUGAUGUAUCCUAGAGACGAGAUAUUGGAACAUGAGUUAAGCAUUGCAGAUCGAAGAGCAAAGCGUGAAAUACGUCAGUUGGAGGAGGAAAUACCCCGUUGGCAGGCAAUAGUUGAUACUCUUAAUGAAGCUGCUACUGCACCUACUGAGUUUGACUCUCAGACAUUAGCUGUAUUGAGGGGGAGACUUGUAAGAUAUUUAAUGCGAUCUAGGGAGAUCACAGUUGGUAGGUCAACAAAAGACAAUACAGUUGAUGUGGACCUAUCAUUAGAGGGUCCAGCUAGUAAAGUUUCCAGAAAGCAGGCUGUUAUUCGAUUGAAACCUGAUGGAGAAUAUUAUGUAGUAAAUGAAGGUCGAAGACCAAUAUUUAUUGAUGGAAAACCCGUUCUAAAUGACGUUAAGGCAAAGCUUCAUCACAAUUCAACAUUUGAGAUUUGCGGGCUUCAUUUCGUAUUCUUAAUCAACAAGGAUUAUUCAUUGGAACGUAAAGAUCAUCCUGAUGCUCAAAGGACCAACUGAUCAUAUUUGACUUGUUGACUGUUCCUGUUUGC